AUGUUGUUUUCGGACGUUUUGUUUCGGAGCUUUGGGGCUGCUUUGAAUUUCCCUCCUUCAGAGAAAGAGACAGAGCUGCGGCUUUAGCAAGGGGCUUCACUCGGUGAAGUUGGCUUCGUACCAAUUCAUUAGCAGCCCUGUGCUAAUUGUGGCUAGUUAGCCAGGGCAAAUACAGGCCCGGAAUUGGAUGGUUGUAUCACUUUUAUAAGAAAGUUGAGAAAAACAACAUUGGAAGGAUAAUUCUUUUUUUGUUGCCCCGUGAGUUGGGAGAUAACCGCCACACGGAGCUAUUUUGACAAACGACUCCAGGAAACGGAUUAAUUUAUGAGUAUGGAUCCACACACGGGCAACUCUGCUUCAGCGGCUGGUCCCAAGAAGGACAAGAAGUCCAAAAAGAACUACGAGGAUGGAGAUGGGAAAAAGAAAUUUAAGCUCAAACGUCUGAUUCCUGAUGAGCUGGAACGUUUCACCAGCAUGAGGAUGAAGAAGGACAAAGAUAAACCUGGACAAGUCCCUAGUCAACGUCACUCUGCUGCUGCCAGCUAUGAGAUCAGUGCUCAGUCUGCCAUGCUGCAUGAUCAUUCUGACGAAUACGUCCUGGAGCUCUUUGAACAGAUGCUGGUGGAUAUGAAUCUGAACGAUGAGAAGCAGCAACCUCUGAGAGAGAAAGAUAUCAGCAUCAAGCGGGAGAUGGUGUCUCAGUACUUACACACGUCCAAAGCUGGCCAGAACCAGAAGGAGAGCUCCAAAUCAGCCAUGAUGUACAUCCAGGAGUUAAAGUCAGACUACAGGGACACACACCUGCUGGGCUGCCUGGAGUCUCUACGAGUCUCACUCAACAACAACCCUGUCAGUUGGGUACAGAACUUUGGAGCUGAGGGUCUGGCCCUGCUCCUCAGUCUUUUGCGAAAACUCCAAGAAGAGAAAGACGAGUACCCAAUGAUGGGAGUGAAAUGCCAACAUGAGAUCAUUCGGUGUCUUAAGGCCUUCAUGAACAACAAGUAUGGUCUGAAAUCCAUGCUGGAUUCUGUUGAGGGAAUUCCUCUGCUGGUCAGAGCCAUCAACCCUACAGUGCCUCACAUGAUGGUUGAUGCUGUCAGGUUGCUCUCUGCCAUUUCUAUUCUGGAGCAUCCUGAGAACCUACAUGAGCGUGUAUUGGAGGCCAUAACAGAGGAGGCUGAGAGACGGGAUAUUGACAGGUUUCAGCCUCUCCUCGCCGGCAUGAACAUUCCCAACAUUGCUCUCAAGGGCGGCUGCAUGCAGCUAAUCAAUGCCCUAAUCAGCCGAGGAGAAGAGUUGGACUUCAGGAUCCAUAUUCGCUCAGAACUCCUCAGACUGGGACUCAGAGAACUGCUGACGGAGGUGAGGACGAUAGAGAAUGAAGAGUUGAGGGUGCAACUUACAGUGUUUGAUGAGCAGGCGGAGGAUGACUCUGAGGACCUGAAAACACGUCUUGAUGACAUCCGUAUGGAGAUGGAUGAUGUGAGGGAAGUUUUUGACAUCCUGGUCAACACUGUGAAGGACUCCAAGGCUGAAACCCACUUCCUGUCCUUGAUGCAACACCUGCUGUUGAUCCGUAAUGACUAUUUGUCCAGGCCCCAGUACUACAAGCUGAUAGACGAAUGCACCGCUCAGAUCGUACUUCACAGAAAUGGAGCAGACCCCGACUUCAAGUGUCGUAACCUUAGCCUCAACAUUGAAGGCCUGAUAGACAACAUGGUGGACCAGACCAAGGUGGAAACCAGUGAGACUAAAGCUGCUGAGCUGGGAAAGAAGUUGGAUGCAGAGUUGACGGCACGCCAAGAGUUGCAGGUGGAGAUGAGGAAACUGGAGGGUGACUACGAGCAGAAGCUGCGUGAAGUGAGCCAAGAGAAGGAACAGCUGGCGUCGUCUAAGCAGGAGCAAGAAAAGGAGAACCAGGGGCUACAGCAGCAGCUCAGCAGUCUGAAACAGCAGAUUGAGCAGCUGUCUAAAGAUCUGGAAGAGGCCAAGACUAAAGUUGUCACUGUCACAGUUCCUGUCCCUGUCCCAACACCAAAUGUGCCUCCUCCACCACCCGCACCGCCUCUUUCUGGCCAUUAUGUACCUCCACCUCCACCUCCUCUACCAGGUCAUGCAGCUAUUCCAUUCACACCGCCCCAUCCUCCUUUACCAGUUCCACCACCACCUCCUCCACCUCCACCUGGGAUAGGUCCUCCACCACCACCUCCACCUCCACCACUUCCUGGGAUGGGUCAUCCUCCCCCUCCUCCACCCCCACCAUUUCCUGGGAUGGGUCCACCACCACCUCCACCGCUUCCUGGAAUGGGCCCACCUCCACCGCCACCACUUCCUGGAAUGGGUCCACCACCACCUCCACCUCCACCUGGGGGUCCUGGUAUUCCCCCUCCACCACCAGGUCCAGGCAUGCCGCCACCUCCACCAUUUGGCAUGGGAGGCUGGGGUACUCCUGCACCGCUGCCUUUUGGGCUCCAACCUAAGAAAGAGUACAAGCCUGAGGUCCAACUGAAGAGAGCCAACUGGAGCAAGAUCACAGCUGAAGAUCUCUGUGAGAACAGUUUUUGGGUCAAGUCAAAGGAGGACCAAUUUGAAAGCAACGAGCUCUUUGCCAAACUCACCUUGUCCUUCUCGUCACAGACCAAAACUUCUCGAGCCAAAAAGGAACAGGAUGGUGGUGACGACAAGAAACAGAUGCAGAAGAAGAAGGUGAAGGAGGUCAAACUUCUUGAUGCCAAGGUUGCACAGAACCUCUCCAUUUUCUUGGGAUCUUUUCGUCUUCCUUAUGAGGAGAUCAAGAAUGCCAUCAUGGAGGUCAACGAAAAAAUCCUGACUGAGUCAAUGGUGCAGAACCUGAUAAAACAGUUACCAGGAGAAGACAUUCUGAAUGCGCUUGGAGAUAUGAAGGAUGAAUAUGAUGACUUGGCAGAGUGUGAACAGUUCGGAGUAGUGAUGUCCACUGUGAAGCAGCUGACGCCACGGCUUCAAGCCAUCCAGUUUAAGCUGCAGUUUGAGGAGCAGCUGAACAACAUCAAGCCAGAUGUGGUUUCUGUCACUGCGGCUUGUGAGGAGCUCAGACAGAGUCAGAACUUCUCCACUCUACUCCAAAUCAUCCUUUUGAUUGGAAACUUCAUGAAUUCCGGAUCUCGGAAUGGAAAGGCCUUUGGCUUUUCAAUAUCGUACCUGUGCAAGCUUCGUGACACCAAAUCAGCUGAUCAGAAGCAGACCCUCCUCCACUUCCUCGCUGAUGUGUGCCAGGAGCAGUAUCCUGACAUUAUGGGAUUUCCAGAUGAGCUCAUCCAUGUGGAAAAGGCCAGCAGAGUGUCUGCAGAAACGAUUCAGAAAAAUAUAGAACUAAUGGGUCGCCAGAUCAAGAACCUGGAGAAGGACAUUGAGAAGUUCCCACCUCCACAGAGUGACAAGGACCUGUUUGUGGAGAAGAUGUCUAGUUUUGUAGUCAGUGCCCGUGAGCAGUAUGAGAAGCUGGAUCUGAUGCAUAAACACAUGGAGAAGCAAUACAUAGAACUUGGAGAAUAUUUUGUCUUUAAUCCGAAAAAAAUCUCUGUUGAGGAUUUGUUUGGAGACCUGAACACUUUCAAAAACAUGUUCCAGCAAGCAGUGAAGGAGAAUCAGAAGAGGAAGGAGGCUGAAGAGAAGAUCAAGAGGGCUAAGCUGGCGAGAGAAAAAGCCGAGAAGGAGAAAGAAGAGAAACAGAAAAAGGCUCAGCUCCUCGACAUCAACGCAGAGGGUGAUGAAACUGGUAUCAUGGAUGGCCUGUUAGAGGCACUGCAGUCCGGCGCUGCUUUCAAAAGAAAACGAGGACCCCGGCAAGCAGCUAACCACCGACGAGCGGGUCAUGCAGUGACUAACAUCCUGGCCAAAGAGCUGAUGCAGGAGGAAGUCGUUUCCAGUAAAGUUCCUACUAAAAAGACGAAGCUGGAUGAGAAAGAGGAGCCCACUGUGGAAGAUGCAGAGUCUUUAGAGGUCGCUGCCCUUCGGUCUAAUUAGCCUACAUGGAGAUAAGGUUGUUACCCCAUGCAUUGGUGUGUUCUAACAGAAAUGUCUUCAUCAUAGGCUUUUUAGGGCCAACGUUAAUCUGAGAUUAGCUCAUUGAUGUUUCUUUAACAUUGUCUGAAAUGCAAUCUUUCAAGGCAACACUGGUCGUGUUCUGUGAGGACAGGAAGGAGUUUAAGGUAAGGGCGGGGCUCUCAUCUCUUCGAUGUCCAUCAUUGACCUUUGGGUUUUUGCCAACGUUAUUAUGACUUUAAUUUUUUUCUGCAGCCACUGCACAAGUCUGUUUCUUGUUUAUUUCAGUGAUCACUUCAUUAAAGGGCAUAUUUAAACAACAUUCCAAAGACUUUCUUCUCAGGAGGAACCAUUUUUUAAGCUGUUUCCACAUUCCAAAUAUGGAUUAGAAAACAAAAAGCAAAUACUGCAGGUUUCAACCAACUGGUUUCAACUGUUUUUUCCUCUUCAUUUGGAACGUCUCUAAUUAUCCAAUAUUACCCUGUUUGUUCACAUUUAAAUGUUAAUAACUUUUCUGUAUUACUGAAAAAAAAAGUGCCAACUAAUACAAAUUUGAUCUGGUUAUGUUUUUUCUACUGGUUUUGCUCAUUCACAGUUUGCACUUGGUGUAUGGACAAAGUCAGUUUGCGACAUCACUUUGUUUUUGUUUUUUUCUUUAUCUCUCUUCACUUUGCAAUGUAUGAGGUUGGUUUCACAUGGGGAUGACUAAAUGGGGAUGAUUUAUAUAAAUGUGUCUUUAGAUGUAUUGCCACGGAUGCUCACAAUGGAUAUAUAUAAAUAUAGGGUAUAAACAAACCUUAAACAUCCAGGAACAUGAAUGUUUUCAUUUACUCAAGAUUCUAUUUCCCUGUUGAACCAAAAAAUCUUCACAGUGUGGAGUGUGGUUUCAUAUAAAAUCUAGCCUGAGCAGUUGCCAUGCCUGUGUAUGUGUGUGUGUGUGUGUGUGAGAUGCCUAUAUUUAGUUCUGCGCCCUCCAUUGACUCCGUACGAGUGUCUAUGUUUGUGCAUGUAGGCCUAAGUCUGCGCAUGUUGUCAUCUGUAAUUACUGUACGGUACAAACCAUGCUGUCAUAAAUGCUAGGUUUCAUGAAGAACUCUGUGGUCUUUCUGCUGAGGAUAUAGCACACUGGAAAACGGCCCACAAACUGCUGAGAUAUGUGUGCUAGUCUGUGUGUGUGUGUGUGUUUUAACCCACUUCCUCUGUCUCUGAACUGCAGCAGUUGUUCCUGGAUGCCAGACUUUGCUUCUUGUUGUUCAGCAGCAUCCAUGUUGCCAUUACGCACUGUAAUAUCUGACAGAACCCAUGAUCUGGGACGUCAGCUGCUUCAUGCACUAUUUCUCUGUCACCACAACCAAUUUCAAUUUCUCUCUGCAAACACGACCUUGUUCAUGCACUCAACCCCAAUACUCAGUCAACACAGUGGUUCCCUUGUGAUUUGUGGCAUUUAAGAUUCAUCUCAUAUCAGAAUUACUUUUGGAUAAAGUAACCUGUCAGUACAGCAUGUGUUGAAUUAUAUUUUUUCUGUUGACUCCAGUGGAAUAUUUGGUGCAGAAUCCACUGCUCCAACUGCUGUAAACCACAUAAUACUGUACAGUCUUAAGUCGGAGGUCAAACAACUGCUGUUUAGUGUCCAAUAAUGUUUGUGACUCUGUGCAGCAAAUAUUAACUCUUUCAAAGAGACGGACUAAAAUAAUGAAAAUGCCACCAAACAUCACUGGAAUGUUUGUUUUUAAUCUAAGACGAUCCUUUUGCUCCUAAUUUUCUAAACAAUUGUUGUUUUUUUUCUAUGUUAAUUUUUUUUACAAGUAAUUGAAUGUAUUUGAACGGAGAUGUGUUUCUGAGAUAUCUCUCUGUACACAGAAUAAUACACAGUCAUUCUGUUUGCUACACAAAUCUAUUAAAUGUCUUAAGUAAUUAUUAAA